GCAGCCCGCUCUUUGAGUGGGACCCAGCCCCCACGUGAGUCAGCCAGCCUCACCAGCUCCCUGGCCCCCUCCCCCAUUUCCUUGGUUUGGUACCGAAUAUCCCCCAUCCCAGGCGGGUUACCUGGCUGAAGGGGAGAGGCUGAGCCUCAGGGACGGCUGGGACUCCCGCGAGCCAGCAGACAGACAGACAGAUGGGUCAGUGUCAGACAGUCCGGCGCUGGGCCAAGGCGAGGCCCGCGCGAAGCGAGCGGCAGCUGCAGCAGCAGGUGCUGAGUCAGCGUCAGGUCCAGUCCCACCCCCACCCCUGAGGGGGCGCCCCUACCCUGGGGUCACCUUAAUGCCCCCCACAUUCGCAAACACACUGCCCUUUCAGCAGCUCUGCCUGUCUCCCUCUGUCCUCUGCGUUUCCAUAUAUCUCUCCCCUUCCUCUUCCUUCUUCUCCCCUCCCCCCAUUCUGGUUGAGCUGUAGAGUAGGAAUUAAGCCUUUAAAUAAAUUUCAAUCAAUUCAACUGAAAGCUGGUUAGAGGAGGCAGAAGGGACCCACACCCCAGCUUCCUCUGGAGUCAAAGAGAGGUGGGAGAGAGCUUGCUUAGAGGGUCAGGGAGCUGGGGCCCUGGGACCCUCUUCCUUCCCUCCAUCCUCCUUUCUUUCUCUCCUCUGAUCCCGCCAAGUGUAGCAAUGUUUCUGGGAACAGAGAUGUCAUGUUCCAAGAUGAAUGUCUCUCUCUCCAGAGACUCAGCUCAAAGGCAUCGUCACCAAACUGUUCUGCCGCCAGCGUUUCUACCUCCAGGCGAAUCCCGAUGGGAGCAUCCAGGGCACCCCAGAGGACACCAGCUCUUUCACCCACUUCAACCUGAUCCCUGUGGGGCUCUGUGUAGUCACCAUCCAGAGUGCCAAGCUGGGUCACUACGUGGCCAUGAACGCUGAGGGGCUGCUCUACAGCUCGCCACAUUUCACAGCUGAGUGUCGCUUUAAGGAGUGCGUCUUUGAGAAUUACUAUGUCCUGUACGCCUCUGCUCUCUAUCACCAGCGUCGUUCUGGCCGGGCCUGGUACCUGGGCCUGGACAAGGAGGGCCAAGUCAUGAAGGGAAAUCGAGUCAAGAAGACCAAGGCAGCCGCCCACUUUGUGCCCAAGCUCCUGGAGGUUGCAGCAUGCAGGAUCUAGUUCCCUGACCAGGGAUCGAACCCAGGCCCCCUGCACUGGGAGCGUGGAGUCUUAACCACUGAACCACCAGGGAAGUACCUGUAGCUUAUUUUCAAGUUGUCUUUUUAAGAAAGAAAACUCUUAAUUGUAAUACAGAAAAUGUAUCAUUCUUUUCUUUUAGAGUCAACAUUUUUGUAUCUUGUUUAAGAAAUCUUUCCCUUCUCCAAAGUUCAAAAGAUAUUUCUAUUAUAGUUUUCUAUUAAAAUUUU